CGAUAACGCACCGGUGAAAGAGUCACGGCCCGCGAUGAUGAGAAGAAGGAUCUUAGGGCUACGACACUUUGAAGAGAUGGCUAUCGCGGGAACGAACGAGCAAUGCUGUGCAUGGCAGCCUGAACUGGGUCAGGAUGAGGACAAAUACUGUUGCAUCAGCAGUUGCAUAUAAGAGUCUAGUCCAUCCUGAAAGGACAGGCAUCACAGUACUGGAGUCUGAAGCUUUGCCCCCUUCAUCAUCUCCAAAACCAUUAUCUCGCCUGCGACCUGCGACGGCAGCAAGUUCGAGCCAGCAUAUAACUCUUCGAGCAGAGGUUGCUUCGAUGUCGUCCAUCUUCAUCCUCAUCAGGACCAUAUUGCAGAUCUUCGGAAUCGCACCGCAUUUGUUCUUAUCAAUCAUCAGUCACUAUCAGAGCUCCAAGUCAACCGCAAGGCUGUCGCUGCAAAGAAUGUCGAAGCGCCUUCAGGGUAGUCGCAACUCGAGUCAGAAUGUAGACAGGGAGCCUGACCCAGAACCACCAGCAGCACCUCCUAGGAUUUUCAUUUUGUCCCAAAAUAGCAACCCGAGUGGAUCUCAGCCUCAGGAACAGGACCCUGGUCCGCCACACUUUCCCACGUCAUUUCCGCGGUACGCGUCGCCAUGCUUCAAUGAUAAUUUUACCCCUAACAAAAUUCCAGAUGUCCCUCUGCGACGUCGACACAGCAAGUCUCAGAAGACGUUCCGUUUACAGCGCCUCAGCUCAAGCCGAAGCCUGAGCCUGAACCGCAUCCAGCACCACCGUGAGUAUUCGCUCGUGUGCGACGCUACGAAGACGUGAUCAUCCUCUCUUGCAACAGUCGCGUAGCGUCCCAUUCUCCACCAGCUUCCUCACCUCUCUCGUCGUAUCCACGCCCACGGGCCCCCAACAGCCCCGUAGACCAAGUCUUCCACGCUACCGACUUCGACUCCGCACACAAACGCUUCACAAUGGGGUCAAAGGCCAGCAAGCUCUCGCCGAAGAACGGCAAGCUGCAGUCAGUAUGAGGAGGAAG